GGUGGGGCUAGACUCUUACGCCCGGCUUCAUGGACAGCGUGUCCUGCCCUUUCAGCGUGAUGCAUACCGUGCCGGAUCCGCCCUCUUUUGCUGCACCGCUUUCUCCCGCCACUUCUCGUGUGAAAUGGCCGCAUAUCCGCCGACGCUGGAGGCCCUGACCCUCCUCGACAGCAUCGCCAAACUCAGCGAUGGAUUGAAGAAUGGAGAGCAGGGCGCGAGAGAGGGCCUUUUGGGCGCCUGCUCCAAGCUCAUCUCGGAGCUCAGUCACCCCACUGAGACUAUGCUGAUGCUGCUCUGGGCACAGCCCUCGCACCACACCAUUCUCCGCAUGGCCGUGGAGAUCCGGCUCUUCCAGGCAAUGUCUGGUAUCGGCGCGGAGGGACAAAGGACAGCGGACAUUGCGGCAAAAUGUGCACACCAGGCGGAUCCUAUACUCGUCGGCCGCAUGCUUCGGCACCUCGCCGCCAUGGACACCGUCCGCGAAACUGGUCCCGACACCUUCGCUCCCACCGCGCUCUCGAACGCCUUCGCCGAGCCGGCAUAUCAAGACAGCAUUCUGUAUAUCUUCGAAGACUUCCAGCCAGUCCACCAAGCGACACCAUCCUUCUUCCACAAGCAUGGCUUCAAAUCGCCCGAUUCCGGCGUCGACGGGCCAUUCCAGCACACAUUUAACUGCAAGGGUGACCACUACUUCGAAUACUUCCCGAAGCACAACCCGGAAAUGGGACGGCGCUUUGCGAGCAUGAUGGAGGCGUGGAGUAAGGGGCGGCCGCGAUGGUUCCAGGAAGAAUACUACCCAGUGAGACAACGGCUGAUAGACGGCGCGGAUAAGGGCAGCGAGGCGUUUCUCGUCGACGUUGGGGGAGGCACCGGUCACGACAUUGAGGGCUUAUUGCAAGCGUUCGGGGCGGAGAUACCGGGCAAGCUAGUGCUCCAGGAGAGGCCAGAAAUCAUCGAGAUUGCGCAGGUUAGCCCGGAGGUUCAGACCAUGGCGCAUGAUUUCUUAACAGAACAGCCGGUCAAGGGCGCUCGCGCGUACUAUUUCCACUCCAUCAUCCAAGACUGGACCGACCCGGUCAACACGCAGAUCCUCAAGUCGAUAGUCCCCGCAAUGAAGAAGGGCUACUCGAAGAUCCUCGUCAACGACUUCGUAGUCCCGAAUCAAGGAGCGCACUGGGCGCAAACCUGCAUGGACUGGGAGCUCAUGGAAAGUCUCGGCGCCCGCCACCGCACAGUAGCGGAGCACACGGCGUUGUACGAGGGCGCCGGGCUAAAGGUGGUGGGCAUCUGGCGCCAUCCGCAGAGCGUCGAUUCCCUGAUCGAGCUCGAGCUGACCUGAAGACGCAUCGUGUGCCACGGCACAUCUUUAGCGCAAUGUCCUCCUUUCUGCAUACAUGGCGUAUAUACCCCUAGGUCUGCACGAUUCUCCACUUUCGACUGAAUUUCUUGCUUGGUUGCCUUCUAGGGAGUUAGUAUAAUGAUGCAGCGUCACGCUUUUGUAAAUCCUGCGUUGCGUUGACCCGAUCGCGCGGUUCUUGCGAUGCCUUGCUUUGAGGGGUUCUCGUGACUUUUGUUGUGGAGUCCGACUGCGCAAGCUGAGCAUAUAUACUCUCAGCUCCCCAGUACUCUUUCUGCAUUCUCUCCACUCCACACCGCAUUGCUCAGCGCUGCGGCAGCUAAAACCAAC